UAAUUACCUCCCUUUGCAGCGCCCCAGUGACGUCAUUUGACAGCCAUAUUGGUGGUUGACCUGGCCAAUACAAACCUAAUAGAAAUUUCAAUACUUUGGAAGGUAGUUGUGUGAAAUAUAAGCAGCUACAAGAUGGCUGCAGGCCCGUAUAACUACUCAUAUAUAUUUAAAUAUAUCAUCAUCGGGGAUAUGGGAGUUGGAAAAUCAUGUUUAUUACAUCAGUUUACAGAGAAAAAAUUUAUGGCAGAUUGUCCUCAUACUAUAGGUGUGGAAUUUGGUACUAGAAUAAUUGAAGUAUCAGGGCAAAAAAUAAAGUUGCAGAUCUGGGAUACUGCAGGACAAGAGAGAUUCCGUGCAGUCACAAGAAGUUAUUAUAGAGGUGCAGCAGGAGCACUCAUGGUCUAUGAUAUAACCAGGAGAAGUACAUAUAACCAUUUAAGUAGCUGGUUAACAGAUGCGAGAAAUUUAACUAAUCCAAAUACUGUAAUAUUUUUGAUUGGGAACAAGUCAGAUUUAGAAGCACAAAGAGAUGUUACAUAUGAGGAAGCUAAACAAUUUGCUGAUGAAAAUGGUUUGAUGUUUUUGGAGUGCAGUGCGAAAACAGGUGACAAUGUUGAAGACGCCUUUUUAGACACAGCCAAGAAAAUUUACCAAAAUAUACAGGAUGGCAGUUUGGAUUUAAACGCUGCGGAGUCCGGUGUCCAGCAUAAACCAGCCACUCCUCGUAAUGCCCUCAAUACUGACCAGCAGGCAACGGAGAAACAGUGCCAGUGUUGAUGUUAAACUUCUAACAUUAUCUUACAUUAUACUCAACAUUGUACAGUCUAUAUGUCUACACACUAACUCUUGUGUACAAGUUAUGACAUAUAUGGAAAAUUGUUCACACACAGGUUACAGAGGUGGUAGACUGUAUUCUGUUAUACUUUAUUUUAAGAAGAAUUUGAUUUAUUACGGCUUGUUUGAACAAUUAAUUUACAUUGUUAAAAGAUUUGGUAAGACAAUGAUGUUGAUGAGAUAUUGUGAACAAUUCAAAAAACUAAAAUGAAAAAGAUUAUUCAAAUACUAACAUCUUAAAAAGUUACUAGAAAAUAAUGAAGAUUUUAUGAUAUUGAAAUGGGGUAUUGUAGCUAGAAUAGAAAUAUGUGAUGAAAAUGUAUAAAAAACAAUAGGAAAGAUACUUUUUACUCUUGUGCAGUGCGACACUAUUUUAUUUUAGUAUGUAACUAAUGUAAGUGCUAGUUACUUACAGGUUAUUUUCAUAGAAUAGUUUUAAUAGCGCUUGCAAUUUCUUGUGUUCUGUGCUAAAACCAACAGGUUUGGGCUAGUCACUAUAUACUUAUUACUAAAACCAUCAAGUGACAUCAAGAUACUAUGUUCUAGAUUAGAACUUUUUAAUGAUAUAUGAUUUGAAUGGAAGUAAAAUAGAAUUUUAUCUACAUAUUAAGACCUUGGUAUCUCAGAACAGCAAUAUCAUUUAUAUCUGUUGAUGUGUCCUCCAAACGUAGGUACAUAUAUUCCUAGGGUUCACAUAUAUAAUUUAUAUGCUACAAAUAUUUACUUUAAAAAAACUGAACAUGUCCAACGUAUUACACUAUGUUAAG